AUGUCUGAUGCCAAGGACUACGCUGGAGACACCGUAGACAGUGUCAAGCGAAAGGCCAGCGAUGCCGCCGGUGGCGCGAAGCAGGCGGCUUACGAUGCCAAGGAUUAUGUUGGAGAUACCAUCGAUGCAGCCAAGCAAAAAGCUUCAGAUGCUAAGGACUAUGCUGGAGAUAUGGCUUCGGAAGGCGUAGACAAAACCACUGGAACGGUUAGUAGUUUGGUAAGGUUUGGGAUACGGUAA